AUGCUCAUGGCUAUAUUACCCUACUUCGCCCUAGCAACGCUGAUAGCCCAGGCGUCUGGCUUGGGCUUGGGUUUUCAUAACGAGCAAUAUCGACUCUCCGCCGACAAUACCAUUAAGACGUGCUCAGAAGAUACCACCCCAAUCGAGCCCCUUGCCAUAACGACGCAAAAGCCAACAACGAGGGAGAUGUGGUCCCUUUCCCAAUCUAAAGGCGUGGGCCUAGACAAGACGGGAGCAUUUGCGUACGACGAAAGUGCCGGAGAUGGAUCCCUAGUGUACGUAGUCGACAGCGGAGCACGUUUAUCUCAUCCGGUAGGAGACCGGGCGACAUGGUUGUUUCCCGGAAACGUCCAAGCGCCGGGCGACUCGACGGGCCACGGCACCAAAAUGCUAUGCAAAAUAACCGGUAAACUCUUCGGCGUUUCGAAGAGGGUUCACCCCAUCAUCGUUCGGGUGCCUACUGGUGCUGAUGGCGGCGAUGGAAGUAGGGACUGGGUUACAGCUGUGAAAGCGGUCCGCGAUGAUUACAAGGCGAAAAUUGCGCGCGGCUGGGACCGCAGACGACUUGCGAUUGUAAGCAUGGGUUUUGCCAUUUCACCGGCUGGUUUAAGUGAUCAGGAUAUAAACGACUUCGAGUCUUGUCUUAAGGAGAUGGGUCAACGACGGCCUUUUCCCCAUUACCGGCUCAGGCAACACUAA